CACCCCCCUCCUCCUCCUGCCAGGGUCUCUCUGCACAGUCGCCUUUUCCGCUUCCCUCCCCGCUUAUAACGGGCGGAGUGAAUCCCAUCGGUUCCAAAUCAGCACGAGCGCAGCUCACGGACACGGAGCGCGCGUCUUGCGCUCGCCUUCUUCUCUCUCUCUCUCUCUCCGUGCUAAAGAUAUCUCAUUACUUUACUUAGAGUGCCGUCGAUGGUGUCCAGCCAGGGAGAGAUAUCGUGAUACUUAACACAACAGCGAGAGACCAUAGAGCGAGAGAGAGACUGAGAAAGAGAGAGUGUGUGUGUGGGACAGUGGUUAGGGUAUAGGAAUUUGUGUGGUCACCGUGUUUAGAGGAGUCAGCAGCAGCAGCGGCAGCGGCAAAAGCAAAGAAUAGCGAUAUCAUCGCCAGUCGCAGUAAUAGCAGCAACAGCGGCAGCAUCAGUAACGGCAGCAUCAUCGUCAUCAUCAGCUGCAUCAUCUUCAUCGUGAUCAUCAGCUGCAUCAUCUUCAUCGUGAUCAUCAGCUGCAUCAUCUUCAUCGUGAUCAUCAGCUGCAUCAUCUUCAUCAGUAGUCAGCAGCCAUGGUCGCCUUGCUCAUGUGCCUCGCCUCACUGCUUCUCGAUGUCGUUUGCGCUACGCCGACCACCUUCGUGUCGUGCUCUGGUAGCAGCUGCUACAGCCUCGUCAAACAUCAGCCGCAGCAGCAGCACUUGGACUUCAACGCGGCGUCGACGGCGUGCGAGAAGACGGGAGGACAUCUGGCGAUCGUGGACACCGAGGGAGAAGCAGAGCUACUGGGCAGACUCAUGCGCGCGAUCGAGGAGGAGACGCAUCGCUCGUCGUCGUCGUCGUCAUCAGUCCCGCGAUCAUCAUCCCCAUCGUCUCGGAAGUCCAGCAGAGCUCCCGAGUACUGGAUGGGCCUGCGUCGCAAGGGCUGCAGGAUGGACAUGAAGGGUCCCUUACGCGGCUUCUCGUGGCUGGCGCGCAGCGAGGCUCGAGUCGCUGCCUCCCAUUACGAGAACUGGCUGGAGCAGGGCUUGACCUCGUGCACCCGUGAGCUCUGCGCCUCGCUCGUGCUCGCGACGGCCGACGCGCCGCCGGGUUGGAAGUCGCGCUUCUGCAAGAGUCAAGCGGUGCAAGGGUUCGUGUGCGAGCACCCGGUGGGGGUCCGCGUGGCCUCGGGGUGCGGACCCCUCUCGCUGGCAGAGGAGCUCCGAGCCUCCACCGUGAGGACGAGCGCGGGCACCGCGCGCUACCGCGUGCCGUGGGACGACCGCGGCGCGGUGAGCCCGCUGGGAAUCCUGCCCGUGGGGAGCAAGGCCGUGGUGGUGUGCGGAGCGACGUCCGGAGGAGGUGAUGGCGGUGAUGACGACGACGAUUAUGAUAUUGGUGGUGGUGACGGCGGUGGUGAUGUUGCCGAUGGGAUGGCGAACGCCGUUUGCAGCGGAGGCGCGGGCGGUGACGCCGAGUGGAAGGUGAGCGAGCCGCUGCCCUGCCUGCUGCAAGCUAUCAUCAACAAGGACCUGUCCUCAUCCUCCUCCACCUCCACCUCCUCCUCCUCCAUGUCGCCGACCUGUCCGCCCGGGUUCGAACCCGCGCAAGGUCGAUGCGAGGACGUGGACGAGUGCGCGCGCGACGACCCCUGCCAGCAACAGGGCCUGUGCACCAACACGGAGGGCGGCUUCGUGUGCGACUGCGUGGAGGGCUACCAGCUGGUGAACCUCACCGAGUGCGAGGACAUCGACGAGUGCGAGUACGAGCCGUGCGACGAGCACUGCGUCAACACGGACGGCUCGUACGAGUGCACGUGCCCGCGCGGCUACCAGCAGGACAAGAGCGGCCUCGGCUGCCACGACGUGGACGAGUGUGACCUGGGCGCGCACGCGUGCCACCACGUGUGCAACAACACCGAGGGUGGCUACGAGUGCUCGUGCGACGAGGGGUGGCACCUGGAGGCCGACAACGUCACGUGCACGCCCGACCGAAGCCUGCUGGACAGCACCACCACCACCACCAUGACGACGACGACGACGGAUCGGGUGAACAUCACCUCGACCGAGUCCACACCCAACCUGGCGUUCCACGUGCUGCUACCCGUUGCUAUCGCCCUCGUGUUGGUGGUGAUCGUGGUGUGCGCCGUGGCCAUGGUGCUGCUGUGUUGCCGGGGCAGCGGCAGCGGGAAGGCGAAGAGGCGGCGGCAGGAGGAGGAAGAGGAGCAGGCACCGCAGGGCGAGAAGAAAAACGAGUACGUGUGGCUGGCGACACAAGGUGCCGCGCAGGGGGUCAAGGAGAUGCCGAGACCGUCGGCUCCCACGCAGGUUCACCACGAGGCCGAGCGGGAGCUCAAGCCGAGGGGCCCGGACGAUGUGGACGAGACGCGCCACUCGAAAGCCUGAACGUUGUUCUCCGCGUGGCUUGUCACGUGCGCACGUUGAACUUUGUUCGCACCGUACGUAUGCCAGCCGUGCUCUUCGGAGGUGAUGGGGGAAGGACAAAAAAAACUAGGCAUACGCAAAAAAAAGUUCUAAAGAAAUUCGUUUGUCAAUAUAGGUGAUUUUAAAAGUGCGUGGUUCCCAGUGGCUUCAUAGUAUCGGAGGGAAGAACGUUCCAGACGGCCGCAGAAGCGCAUCUGAAUGGGCGCGAUGCGGUGACCGCCGCCUUUGUUCGAUGGCAGCAGCCAAAAGCCGCUGCGAGGAUGGUCGCAGUUCGCGUGAUGGUUUCUGCUGUUUGACAAGUGUUCAUAUAGAAUGUUUGUAUAUUUCUCUAUUUUAUUACUACGCUUAGCGUGAAACAUCAAGAUGAUCGUGAUGGCGAUGCUUGCUUUGUUGUGAGUGAUUUGUGCGAGUGGUUGAUCUUCAUGAUUGUUGAUACGUAUGCUCACGAUGUUGAUGAUUGAUGGCGAUGGUUUUUAAUUAUCGAUUGAAACGAUGAUUUGGUCGGUGUGAAUGAUGUGUGGUGGCUUGUGAGUGUCACUUCACCAUGUUCAAAGGACGGGCUGCCCUUAAAGAUAAAUAGAUACAUCUCCAUGCCAAGUGUCGUUCAAACCACGAGUGUCAAUUUCAGACCUCUCUUGGCGGCAAGUAAACGAAGACAUUUCAUUUUCAUUGCAGCUUCAGACUGACUUUGAAAUGUCAAAUAAUGCCUCUUUAUGAAACAAUGCCAUUUUAUCAAACAAUGCCCUUUCAUAUUCUUAGCUCUUUCUGUAAAGUCACGUUGAAGGGAAACAAUAAAAUAAUAAAAUAUAUAUAAAACAAUAA